UCACCUCGUGAGCUCUCCUAGGGAAGCGGGAGACCAGAAGGUACCAGCUGACAGUAGAAAAAGAUUGAAAUGAGUGUCCUGAUUUCCUGUCCCUACCCCUGUCUGCCUGUUCCUCCCUGUCCCUGUUGGACUCUCCCUCACUCCCACCCCUUCAUUAGGGGUGGAGCUUGACUUCUCCAACAUGCCAAGUUAAAUGUUCAGAGCAGACAGAGGAGCAAGGCAGUGGUGGUACGCAGCAGGCCAGGCAGGGAAGCAGGACCAUGGCAAGCAAGAAGGUCUGCAUCGUGGGAUCAGGGAACUGGGGCUCAGCUAUCGCCAAGAUUGUGGGUAGCAAUGUAACUCAGCUGGUACAGUUUGACCCUCAGGUCGCCAUGUGGGUGUUUGAGGAAGAAGUUUCUGGCCAAAAGCUAACAGAAAUCAUCAACACCAAGCAUGAGAAUGUCAAAUACCUACCUGGGCACAAGCUGCCACUCAAUGUGGUGGCUAUACCAGAUGUGAUCCAGGCAGCCGCAGAUGCAGAUAUCCUCAUUUUCGUGGUGCCUCAUCAAUUCAUUGGCAAAAUCUGUGACCAGCUCAAGGGUCAUCUGAAGAGAAAUGCCAUUGGGGUGUCUCUUAUCAAGGGUGUGGACGAAGGCCCUGAUGGGCUGAAGCUGAUCUCUGAGGUGAUCCAUGAACGACUGGGCAUCCCCAUUAGUGUGCUGAUGGGAGCCAAUAUUGCCAGUGAAGUGGCUGAUGAGAAAUUCUGUGAAACCACCAUUGGCUGCAAGAACCUGGCCCAAGGGCAGCUGCUGAAGGAGCUGUUGCAAACACCAAAUUUCCGAAUAACUGUGGUGCAAGAAGUAGACACAGUAGAGAUCUGUGGGGCCCUUAAGAAUGUAGUUGCUGUUGGGGCUGGUUUCUGUGAUGGACUGGGCUUUGGUGACAAUACAAAGGCUGCUGUGAUCCGGCUGGGACUCAUGGAAAUGAUUGCCUUCUCCAAGCUCUUCUGCAAGGGCCCAGUCUCUUCAACUACUUUCCUGGAAAGUUGUGGGAUCGCUGACCUCAUUACCACCUGUUAUGGGGGUCGGAAUCGAAAAGUGGCUGAAGCCUUUGCCCGAACUGGAAAGUCUAUUGAACAAUUGGAAAAAGAGAUGCUGAAUGGGCAGAAGCUUCAGGGGCCCCAGACAGCUCAGGAGCUGCACAACAUUUUGAAGCACAAGGGUCUGCUGGACAAAUUCCCCUUGUUUAUGGCUGUGUACCAGGUGUGCUACGAGGGUCACCCGAUCCAAAAGUUCAUCCAGUGCCUCCAGAACCACCCAGAACACAUGUAGGCAGUACUGAGGCUGAGUCACUGAAGAUCCCCAGCUUCCUGAACCUGACUCCAGGGUGUCCUGGGCCAUGAGAAUUUUCCCAAGACUUCUCAGUUUCUCCCCUUCAGCUGAGUCCUUUCAUUGCCUGGAGUACACGAAGCCGUGGGGCUUAAGAACUCCUGGAAACCUCCAAAGUGGAGGCCCAAUCAAACCCAAGCAAUUGACCUCAUCUCAGCUUGGGAAACCCUGAAUUCUUGUUUUUUCUCCUUCCACUUCCUCUCUAGGGGUGGGGCCAUCUUUCUUUUCUCUUCAGGGAUGGUGAAAAUGAAUCUCAGUGUUCUCUGCAUAAUGGGGGGUCAAGAUGGCUGCUAUGGUUGGCUGAUCUACAAAAAUUAAGCCCAAAGCUAAAAGUCCUCCCUGCCUUCUAGUCCCAGUGCCCAAUCAAGUGGUUGCUGAAGCUUCUGGAAGUGUCAGCUUCUGUGGAAGUGAAAAUGUUGGGGAGAGGCAGCGGCUUGGGGAGAGAAAGAAGGAAGAUGGAUCCCUGUGAAUUCCCUUGGGUCUGAUCUUCCCAGGGGAUGCUGUCCUAUGUCAAUGAGUUUCAGUGUUUGUAAUAAAAUACAAAGAUCUCAACUGGC